CUUGCUAGUGUCAAUAUGGUGGAAUGCUAUGAAAAAAUGUGAUUUAGCGAUUCCUUGCACCUAACAAAAGGCCCUGCUGAACGGAGGUGACCUUGGAAGAGGUCUUGAAAAAGCACCACAAGGUAGCUAUAGGUAUGGCGGACAAAUAUCCUUCCCAGCAGACCUUGGAGGAUGUGGAGUUCUGCGUAGAUCCACGCUUUACUGAUCUCCAGAGGAUUGGCUGUGGUGGAAAUGGGAUCAUCUAUUCUGCUAUAGACAGUGACUGUGAUAAAUCUGUUGCCAUCAAGAAGCUCUGUUUCAUCGACAAGAAAAGCUGUAGAUAUGUAUUACGAGAGAUAAGGAUAAUGCGCCGUCUACAGCAUGAAAAUAUAGUCACAGUGUAUGAAGUAUUGGGUCCUAAUGGUUUUGCAUUGGGACGCCAUGGCAAUAUCAACGUAAAUGAAAUGAGGAAUAUUUACAUCAUUCAGGAGUUACUUGAUAUUGAUCUCUAUCAGCUUGUUCAGCAGGGUCAGCUUACCGAGGAACACACUCGUCUGUUUCUGUAUCAGCUGUUGCGAGGCCUCAAAUACAUACAUUCGGCAAAUGUGGUUCAUCGAGAUCUCAAGCCAGCCAAUCUGCUCAUUAACCUAGAUGAUAUGGUGCUGAAGAUAGCUGACUUUGGACUAGCCAGGGUUGUGGAUACAGAGUAUUCUCACAAGGGUUUCCUGACAGAUGGAGUUGGAACAUGUUGGUACCGUUCCCCAGAGCUCAUCGUUUCUCCCAGAGACUACACCAAGGCCAUUGAUAUAUGGGGGGUCGGAUGUAUCUUUGCAGAGAUGUUGACAUGCAAGCCACUGUUCCCCGGGGCCAAUGAAAUGGAUCAGAUGGGGCAGAUCAUUGAUGCUCUCUCUCUCAAUGACAAUGAAUGGAAUGUACUUACGCAAGUCCUUCCAGGAUCGGUGCUCCGACAGAGGUCUAAGGCACCAAAACACUCUCUUAGGUCAAAGUUGAAAGAUUUCAGUUCUGAUGCUGUUGAUCUGCUGGAGAAACUAUUGGUUUUCUCUCCUGGUCAGCGACUGACCGCUGAAGAAGCUUUGGCCCAUCCGUAUCUCCAAAAAUACAGCUGUCCAGAGGAUGAGCCAAUCGUCAUCAAGUCCUUCCAUAUCGAACAUGAGAUUGAUGAUUUGUCCCCUAAAGUACUCAGAAAAAUGAUCAAUCAGGAAUCUGUUGAAAAGUCAAAUAAAUGUGGCAGCCAUAUUGAGGUAACCAGGGUAACCGAUAUCAAAGAUUCUUUGGUGAAAAAGCAGGACUCCUGCAACAAACUGGAGAGUCUCAAGAAGUCAGUAUCCUCAUCAUCAACAUCCUCUUCUUCAUCAUCAAAUUCAUUGAUGAAAAACUCAGGAACAUCUAAUGAUAAUCAGGAAAUAAUUUCUGACUCACUUAGCAGCAGUACUGAUUCUUUAACGGAAAUUGAAAUAGUCCCUUCAGAUGAAAUAUGUGAAGAAAUUAUCCGUAUUGAAGAAAACUUUCAGAAAGAAAUGCAAUUAAAUGUUGUGGUAAAUUUACCUGAUGAAGAAAACAAAAAAGAACAACUUUCUCCGAAGGAGGAAAAAUCCCAGGAAGAAAAAGAGAGUGAGAAAAAGGGAGACAAGAACACGCUAGAGGAGAAAGGCCUCUCUUCUCCAAGAUCUCAGGGACACAAAGGUUUGAAGAAUUUCACAUGUCCAAAAGUGAAAGAUCGCCUCAAUGAGGAAAAAAGAGCUGAGUCCCCAAGAGAUGAGAAACCAAAUAAACUGAAAGGGAAAAAUGACCUCGAGGGGGUCAUAAUUAAAGGUCGCAGCAAAGACAAAAGCAAGGGGGAUAACUCUAAACAGGAAAAAAUGAAAAACAACAAGAACAAUAAAUACAGUGUAGAAACAAACCCAGAUUUUGAUUCAAUGUACCGCUUACCCACUGAGCAUCUGACCCAACGACGUAACAGCAGACAGGAUUGCAGGAUACCCAUCCCACCAUCUACAAAGGUGGAAGAUCAGCUUAAACUCCACGAAAAGUUGAACGAAAAAUUGAGAUUAGCCGAGUUGGAGCGAGAUGUUUGUAGGUGCUCAGGGGCCAGCGGUGGGAACAUGAUUUCUCCUGGGUCAGAAUUCAGAGACGAAAUCUUUGAAGAUCAUAUACGUAGUCGCACAGGAAGUGGUAGUUCUGGGUCGAAUCCAUCCCGGGAGGAUAGUCCUAGUUGUGAACUACCUCAUAGAAGGUUUGAGCAUUGAUGUUAGCAUAGGUUAGAUUCUUUGUAAAAAAAAAAAAUAAUUAUGCGAUAUAAAAAAAAAAAAUCAACCAAUCAGUAUUUUUCAUUAUUGAGUGCAAUGAAGAGUUGAUACAUUUUGUCUGAAGUAAUAGGGGUCAAUUUUUGUAUAAAAUUUGAGUGAAAGACAAACAUAUUCAGGUAGAUUAUUUUUCUACUUCAACUUGUGUAGAUUGAUGUUGUGUUUUAAUAGUACUUUAAAAUUUAAAUAAUAUUGGAAUUUCUCUAAAUUAUUUAUGAAUUUAUUGAUAAUACAAAAUGUGGUCAAUAUAUAUGACUCCUGUGUGAUGUCUUUUUGAUUUAAAAAUAAUUGGUGUUGAUUAUAACACUAUAUCUUUGAUCUAUUUAAUUCAUUUUUGUUUUGGCUAUAUCUUUUUCCAAAAUGAUAAUCUAGCCCAUUUACAUGUACAUCCUUCAUUGUAACUGAUAUGUAAUUUAUAUUACAAAAUGUAAAUAUGUCUAUGGGUAUAACAUAAUGAAGUGAAAAUUCCUUUCCAGUGUAUUUUGAUGACAAGCUAUACAUAUGAACAAGUCCACAUUACGCACUAGUGUUGUUCUAAUAAUCAAAUAGUUUUUUAAUGAUUAGUUGUUUUACCUUUCAACUAUGUUAAAUCAAUCAUGAUUUUUAAUUACUGAUCAUGAUUUGAAAUCUUUAUAAGAGUUUUUCAGAUUCACAGCAGACCCAAACACUGAUUAAAUAUAAUUGUAAGUUUUACCAUAAACUACGUUUAAACAACUGUUUUGCGUUAUAGCUAGGUAUUUAAAACGUUUUAUCCAUUUUGGUGAAUGCUUCUUUCUUUAUUUCCUUUGCAUUUUUAAGUUUUAUUAUCAAUUAAUGAUCAAUCAUUGAUCAUUUGAGAAAUAGAAAUGAUUGAUCAUGAAUUUUAAUUUGAAGCAAUAUGAUGCAAAACACAUACACCUAUUGUUCACUUUUGAUUGUUUAAACAGCACAGUACAUACUGCAUACUCUUUUAUAUUGAAAAUGCCAUGUUGCUAUUUUAACUCGUUCACCCCUGAAAUAUCGUAAUGAACUAUUCCAACCGUUGAAUUGGAAGAGUUCAAAUGUGUCUUCAGGGGUGAGUGAGUUAAGGUAGCGAGUCCCAGCACUCUAAGUUAUUGUAACAAAGAUGUCCAGCUUGUUGGACAUUUUUCUGACUUGUAUUGCUUGCCCAAAAAUAACUUUUCUGUGCCUGUGUUUAACGACUCCUGUAUAUUCAUAUUGAUUACUAAAAUUAUAAAUUUUCCUUGCAGCUUUAAUUUUGUUCAAUGGUUUCUCUUUGUAAAAAAAAAAAUUGCAUGUUAAUCGUGUACUUCUGAAUGUUUGGUUAGACGCUCCUUAACUGUAGAUGAGAAACUAAUACCAAGUUAGGUUAUUUAUUGUUGAUCAAACGCCGUGUUGUAGAUUUAAAUGCAUCGUUUUGAAUUUAAGCGGUACAAAUGAAAGUGUGUGUGAGGUUACAUGUGUAUGUACAUCAUGGUUUAGCGUAUGACUGUCAUCCAUCUGUCAACAACCUUUUCCUUCUCAAGAACAAUAAGGCCUGUUGCCACAGUAUUUAGCAUGAAGCCCCAUUCAAGGUCAGAUGAGGAUAUAAAAUGUGUUGACAAUUUGUAAAAUGUUCCUGUCAUUGGCUUAAGCUUAUAAUCAAGUGUGAUUUAUUGUAUUUCUGAAUCAAUAAGAAAUCUGAGAUGGAUACAAUGAUUUCAAAUAAUCAAAUUUUUGUUGUUGUCAAAUUCAGAUAAAAAACAGGUGUUUGAUACAGGUCCCAUGGACCUCAUGCUAUAUAUGCCCAGUAGCAAAUGCAAGAACUGAAGUGUGAAAGUAUCGAUAACUAUUUAUAAGUGUUCAUAAAUAUGUGAAACAUGUUUAAUGUUUGUGUAGCGGAACUGGACUGGGUCGAUCGUUGGCGACCUGGUAGCUAGCUCAAUUGGUAGAGCGUCCGUCUAGAGCUCGGAGGGUCCCAGGUUCGAACCACGGUCUGGCUGUUGCAUUUUUUCUCACCUAUUACAUUUGAAUUAUGAAUGUUAGACAUAGGAUGACACAAGAAAGAUUUAUUAAGAUGAUCCAAAAUUUUGUUGAAAUGAUAUGAUUAUGAAAAUGAUUUUGAAUAUACUGUUUACAGGGAACCUUUUGCCCAGUCUUGCCCUUCAUCGGUAAAUCGAUAAUUGCCCAGUGCUAAUUUUGUUGCUAUGGUAGGGCAUCUACGCAUGCGCAUUGGAAAAAAUCUGUACCAAGAAAGAUCUGAAUUUGAAAUUUUUACUAUUUAUGAGGCCAAAAAUCACCCAUAAUGUCCCAAGUCUUUUGCCUCAUCAAGAUGUGAAAGUUCAGCUGUGACGGAAAUUUCCAGUUGUGGUGUGAGACUUAACAAAUUGUUUUAAACCAGGGAAAUGCUUUUGUGAAACUGACAUUUUAUUUGGCAAAUACGA